AUGAUACAUAUUGUGAAGAGGACACAUGUGAGGACGGUUUGGCAGACCCCAGUAUGCCUUGCCCGGCGAGAAAUUCCGCCCAUCAAUUGCAGGCUGUUUUGCCUGCCCCUUAAGGGAAGAUAUGCCGCUACUUAUUCGAAUGCCGACGAAACUGGCCAUAUUGUCACGACGCCAAGCGAGUCUGUAUUAUACCUUGACAAUGUGCUCCCGGUGAAAGUUAUCUUCUCCCGUCGGAUUUCCAGCAUAGAUCCGACCCCUUCAUUUCUAGAGCGAGUGGGAAACUUAAUGCAACGAUUCACUGGUGCUAGUCCGUUGAAUAUUAUUGAGAGCUCUUUUCCCCCCGAGCUUCGGGGUAAUAUCGAAAAAGUUAUUCCCCGUUACUCGGAAGGCGGUGCAUUUGUGAAGCUUUCAGGUACACAAAACCUGAACCCAGAGGGCCUUUCAAGCCUGAUAGACUCACAUUUGGAAAAUCAGCCUGUAAAACCAUGGUUUAGUCCUUUCAGGUCCGUACGAGCUGCUGUGGUUCGUGGACGCCCCUGGCUAGAAGACCUACAAAGAUACCCGAGCUCUAGACUUAAGGUGGAAUUUCUUCCAACACAUCCAGGAGCAUCAUACGUGGAACUAUCACCCGAGUCACUUUAUUCAUUAGCUCGAAGGUACGGGAAGCUUUCCGAUAUUAUUCCUCAGCCCUCCGAUUCGAAAGUCCAACCGAGAUAUGCACUACUCGAAUUUUCCAACCCAGGGUACGCUAUAAUGGCAAAAAACUGUUUACAUGGGUAUAAUGUCUCGGAAGCAGAAGGUGGAGGAAGUACCGGUACAGUAUUAAAAUUUUCUUACGAGCAGAAACUGAAACCUCACGUCAUAAGAGAUUGGGUUUUCAAUCACCCGAGAAUUGUAAUUCCAGUUAUUGCUGCCCUCUUGGCUACGCUAACAGUCAUAAUUUUCGACCCUAUCCGCACGUUUUUUAUCAAAAUACGGAUAUCUCCACCAAUUGAUGUUCAUGAUAGCAGGCUAUGGAAAUGGAUACAACUUCAAGCAAGCAAAGCAAAUGACAUACUUUCGUUCCGCUCGCAACAGCGCUCAGACUCUAGCGGAUUAACUGCUAUAUGGGACGACCGCAGAGGUGAUAUCCAGCAACUUCAAACCUGGUUGAUCGAGGCUACAAAUACAUUCACAGUCGUGCAUGGCCCUAGGGGCUCAGGGAAGAAAGAACUCGUUCUUGAUGAAGCACUUAAAGAUUAUCGCCACAAAUUGGUUAUUGAUUGCAAGCAGAUUCAGGAGGCAAAAGGCGAUAGUGCCACAAUAAAUGCUGCCGCUGCGGAAGUCGGUUAUCGACCGGUGUUCUCGUGGAUGAACAGCAUAAGCAGCUUGAUUGAUAUCGCAACACAGACGCUAGGCGCAAACGCCGGACUUUCAGAAACCCUGGAUUCUCAGCUGGGUCACAUUCUUCAGAAUACUGCUAAUGCGCUGAAAAAAGUUGCGUUAGAAAAGAAGAAGAAAGACGGAAAGGAUGCAAAUUUGACAGACGAUGAGUUUCUCGAAACUCAUCCUGAAUAUAGACCCGUUAUUAUCAUCGAUAACUUCUUGCAUAAGGCAAAUGAUAACCAGAUGAUUUACGAUAAACUAUCAGACUGGGCGGCUGCACUCACGGCUUCCAAUAUUGCUCGCGUUAUUUUUCUAACUGGAGACAUUUCAUAUUCGAAAACACUUAGUCGUGCUUUGCCUAAUCAAGUAUUCCAUGAAAUUCAGCUAGGGGACUGUACCCCCAAAGUGGCGAAACAGUUCGUGCUAAAGCAUCUUCUUGCGAAUCAAAAUAAUAUUGAUCCAAAGGCCGGUAUACAAUUAGAGUCUUUGGAAGACAAAUAUAUAAGCGAUCUUGAGGAAAGUAUUGGAGUGCUAGGUGGCCGCUUGUCGGACCUAGAGUUCUUUGCAAGGAUGAUAAGUAGGGGGGAGAGCCCAAAAGGCGCCGUUAACGACAUCAUUCGCCAAUCGGCAGCAGAAAUUUUGAAGAUGUUCAUUGCUGACGUAGAUACUUCGUCUCGGACUUGGUCUCCAGAACAGGCAUGGUUUCUUAUCAAGAGUCUCGGCGAUACUAAAGAUGGUGACGUCUUGUAUAGCCAGGUGCUAUUUUCUGACUUAUUUAAGAAAGAUGGCGAGAGGACCAUACGGGCUCUAGAGCAAAUGGAAUUGAUCUCCGUGACCACACUAAACGGGCGCCCCUCGACAAUAAAACCUGGCAGGCCAGUCUACGCCGCAGCUUUUAAGCGCCUUCUUGAAGAUGAUGUUCUCCGCUGUCGGCUUGAUAUUCGCACGCUUGGGCAGCAAACAGAGAUGGAACUUGAGAAUAUUAAAAAGUGCGAAGGAGAAUUACAGGUGUUGUCAUCCUUUGCAAAAGAGCCGAGAGAAAUCAGACCCCGAGUAUCAUGGCUUCUAAGCAAGCUAGCGAGCAGCCAAGCCAAGAUCGAGGGGUAUGAAAGAGAAAGCGCAGAGCUGAAGAAGACGCUUCAAUCCCAAGUCUGA